AUUUAUAUUCUCACCACAGUGUGGACGUUCACAUAUCAUAUAUUAAAACCACAAGGUUAUUAAAGCUCUAGAAUCAAUAUUCACUAACAAAAAGAAGCGAGAAUGUGAGUGAGAAGCUGGCGAAUGAGAAGCGACCUUCAGCUGGUCUGAGUCCUCCUCCCUCCUCCAGCUUAAAGGGGAGAAGACACUGGUGUAGAGCUAGCUUAGCUUAACUAACUACAGUAGCUACUAGCUAGUUACAAUACCGCUGUGCUAAGGCGACAAAAAAGGGCAUAUUUAUUAUAUUUUCUUAGUUUAGGCUUUCUUUUUGAACCCCCUCAACCUCCUCCUUCUUCACCAGCCAGCACUCACUCUCAGCGGGGCUGUGACUGCACCCCCGAGCGCUGGCGGCGCUACGGAGAUCUGCUCCACAUUUGCCCGCCUCGGAGAGCAGGGAGACCGGACACACGAAACAACAGGCAGCGGUGUACGAGCCGAGCACAAGCGCCGGGCUGCCAAAUGCACGAAUUUACCCUCCUACUUUUUCUUUUCAUCGCUGUGGAUUGUAAAUUCUCACACUCAGCCGGAAUGCUCACUGCUGGAUUUUAUUUUUGACCGGUUUUAAAUGUUUUUCACCCUCCUUUUUCACCGCCAAGAGGCCCCGCGGAUUGUAGCGACGUGUAGCCGCCUCGGGGCGACCGUAUCGGGGAUGAAGUCUCGCUGGGGCUCGCUGUGGGCGGUUUGAGUCAGGAACUCCCCCACCUCCACCACUCACACUAGCUAAAUUUCCAGUCGUUUUGUAUUCAUUUCUCACAUCGGAAAGAAAAUAUUUGCCACGUUUCUUCAAACCUGGACACCCCUGGAACAGUUUAUGACGACUCUGGCUGGACCGUAAUGACCGCACGCUUCCGGUUGCCUGCUGGCAGAUCCUACAAUGUCCGGGCGUCGGAGCUGGCACGCGACAGGCAGCACACUGAAGUGGUCUGCAACAUCGUUCUCUUGGACAACACAGUCCAGCCUUUUAAGGUUAACAAGCACGAUCAGGGACAGGUCCUGCUGGACACAGUCUUUAAGCACCUGGAGCUGACCGAGAGAGAUUAUUUCGGGCUGCACCUGGCGGACGAUUCCUCCGACUGUCCGAGGUGGCUGGAUCCAAACAAACCCAUCAGGAAGCAAUUAAAAAGAGGAUCUCCUCACCAUCUCAACUUCCGGGUGAAGUUUUUUGUGAGCGACCCCAGCAAGCUUCAGGAAGAAUACACACGGUACCAGUAUUUUUUGCAGAUCAAACAGGACAUUCUUAGUGGGAGACUGCCCUGUCCGCACAACACUGCCGCCCUGCUGGCCUCCUACACUGUUCAAUCUGAACUGGGGGACUACAGCGAGGCGGAGAACCCACCCGGCUACCUUUCAGGGUACUGCUUCAUCCCCAACCAGCCACAGGGCUUUGAGAAAGAAGUGGCCAAACAUCACCAGCAACACAGUGGCCUGAGUCCAGCUGAGUCAGAGUUCAACUACCUGAACACAGCGCGCACUCUGGAGCACUACGGAGUGGAGCUGCACUAUGCAAGGGAUCAAAGCAACACUGAGAUUUUAAUUGGAGUAAUGUCAGCCGGAAUCGUCAUUUACAAGAACAGGGUACGAAUCAACUGCUUUCCAUGGCUGAAGAUCGUGAAAAUCUCGUUCAAGUGCAAACAGUUCUUCAUUCAGCUAAGAAAAGACGCUAACGAGACUCGAGAGACGUUACUGGGCUUCAACAUGGUGAACUACAGAGCCUGCAAGAACCUGUGGAAGACGUGUGUGGAGCACCACACCUUCUUCCGGCUGGACCAGCCCGUGCCCCCUCAGAAGAACUUCUUUGCACACUACUUCAGCUUAGGGUCCAAGUUCCGCUACUGCGGAAGGACAGAAGCACAGUCUGUGCAGUAUGGCAAGGAGAAGGGAAUCAAGGACAGAGUGUUUGCAAGAUCUCCCAGCAAACCCCUGGCCAGGAAACUGAUGGGCAUGACGGACUGGGAGGCAGUGAGCAGGAACUCGCUGUCUGAGGAGAGGCUGGAGACCCAGAGCCUGCCCACUCGCUCCCCUCCAGGAACACCCAACCACAGGAAUUCCUUGUUUGUUCAAGAGGGGCCCCGGCCGCGGCCGUCUUCCAUGGGUCAUUUGGUGGAGCACGUUAUUCACGCCUCGCCCAGCCUGCCCGCCUUCACCAACCACAAAUCAGCCUCGUCCACACAGGCCAACAGCAUCAGCCUGGAGUCCACACCAUCUCCAGAGGGUGUGGACGGGCCACCGCCGGCUUUGCCCCCAAAGCAGUCCCGGAAGAACUUGAGCCAGCUCAUUCUCUCCCACUCCCAACAGGAUCUGGACAACCACAUCAACGAGAUGUACGAUAUCCCUGUGGCGACAGAAAAGGCCACGCUCAAUGGGGUGGUCCCUCAUGACAAUCUUGUUCUAAUCAAGAUGAAGCCGGAUGAAAAUGGAAGAUUUGGAUUCAAUGUAACGGGUGGUUCUGACCAGAAGAUGCCUGUAAUUGUGUCUCGAGUGGCUCCAGGAACAUCGGCUGAUUUGUGUGUGCCCCGCCUGAACGAGGGCGACCAGGUCGUCCUGAUAAACGGCCGCGAUAUUUCUGAGCACACUCACGACCAGGUGGUCAUGUUCAUCAAAGCCAGCUGUGAAAGCCACUCAGGGGAGCUCAUCCUGCUGGUCAGGCCCAACGCUAUCUAUGACGUGGUGGAGGAAAAGUUGGAGAUGGAGCCAGAUUUCCAGUACAUCCCUGCAAAGUCCCCCACGGACCCCUCCCAGCUGGACCAGGACGCCUGGAGGGAAUCCAUGCAGCAGCUGAAAGACGGUCUCAGCAGUGGUGCUGUACUGGCCCAGUUUGAUCAACUCUACCGCAAAAGGCCUGGAAUGACAAUGUCGUGUGCCAAAUUACCUCAGAACAUUUCCAAAAAUCGCUACAGAGACAUCUCACCCUAUGAUGCAACACGGGUCAUCUUGAAAGGCACAGAUGACUACAUCAAUGCAAAUUACAUAAAUAUGGAAAUUCCCGCUUCCAGCAUCAUCAAUCGCUAUAUCGCCUGCCAGGGUCCCCUGCCGAACACUUGCUCUGACUUUUGGCAGAUGACCUGGGAGCAGGGUUCCUCCAUGGUGGUCAUGCUUACCACUCAGGUGGAGAGAGGCCGGGUCAAGUGUCAUCAGUACUGGCCCAAUCCCUCAGGGACUGCCACGUAUGAUGGCUUCCAGGUUUCCUGCCAGACCGAGGAGGGAAACUCUGCAUUUUUGGUUCGAGAAAUGACCCUCACUCACAUUGAGACUGAGGAGAGCAGGGAGCUGACCCAGAUUCAGUACCUGGCCUGGCCUGACCACGGAGUGCCCGACGACUCCACUGACUUUCUGGACUUUGUGGCUCUGGUACGGAGUAAACGAGCAGGAAAGGACGAGCCGGUAGUGGUGCACUGCAGUGCUGGGAUUGGCCGGACGGGAGUGCUCAUCACCAUGGAGACUGCGAUGUGUUUAAUGGAGUGCAGUCAGCCUGUCUAUCCGUUGGAUAUCGUGCGGACCAUGAGAGACCAGCGAGCCAUGAUGAUCCAGACCCCUAGUCAGUUCAAGUUUGUCUGCGAGGCGAUUCUGAGGGUGUACGAGGAGGGCCUGGUGAAGCCGCUCAAGUCCAUGCCGUUUAAGUCUGAGUAACAAAAGCAGCAUUUCACCUUCACCAACAGCCACCAACCAUCACUGCAGCAUUGUCAGAGGAUCCUGCUUCACGCACGGACGAUUGGCACCUCGAAAAAAGUGCUCAGCCCCCAAAGCACAUUAUCUUUUUUCACAUUUUAUUAUAUAAAUUUAAAAUGCAAUAUUUAUUUCUCUGUGGUGGAGCACCAUGUCAGAGUAAGAUUUUUAUUAUUAUUUAUUAUAAUUUUUUUUUUUGUCGUUGUUGUUAAACCUCACAAUUCAUUGGUUUGACACCGGGUGUUUUUGUAAUGUUAUAUAAAUAAUUAAAUGUUUUUAAGUUAAUUCAAAUUGCAUCAAAUCAAAAUUCAGAAUUCCUGAGAGAUUUGUCUUUUUUGUGUUCAUUUAGAUUUUUUUUUAUUGUUGUAUAGUUUAUUCCUAAAUUUAAUUAAAACCUCAAAUUAUAAUUUUAGGUGUGUCCUAGAUAUAUUUAAACCCACAAUUCAUUGGUUUCAAAAAGAGUGUAAAAUUUAUUUUUUAAUAAAUUGUAAUUAUUGUUUUUUUACUUCAAUUAAAUCAGAAGAUAUAUUUUUGUUUGGGUUUUGUUCCUUUUUCUGCUUUUUUUUUUUUUUUUUUUUUAAUUAGAAUUAUCUGAAAUUCUUCUACUUUUACUCUCACAUGGUGCUUCUUUAAUCAUGGAAGAUAAUACAAUAUAAUUUAAGUAAUAUAAUGUAGGAAAAUGUUUGCUUGGGACUGUGUACUUUUUUGAGGCACACCAAAAUCAACAAAAAAAAAACAACAACUCUUGAGCCAGGAAAAAAUAUGUUGGACAUAAAAUAAGCACUAUUGCACUUUACGCUGGCAAAGGGACAAUUCGCCAGGCUUUGAGGAGAGAUGAUAGAAAAAAAAACUAAAAUAAAACAAAGAUGAAUUUCGUACUUGUAGGGACUUUGAGUGUUCAGGGUUUAAAAAAAAUAUAUCUAUAAAUAUAUAUAUAUGUUGAUAAUAAGAAUAGAGGAGAUUGCUGUGGUGCCAUAUGUAAGUAGAAGGGCAGGCCCAGGAGUAAAUGAAUUUUCUGUCUUUUGUUCUAUCUUUUUUUUUUGUGCUCGCCUUGCUGGAAAAAAAGACUACAAUCCACACAGCGGACAUGAGUACUUCUCAAUUCCUGUGCUGCAGAUUAACAGAGCUCUUUUUAUUAAGAGUAUUUAUUUUGUGUUAUUUUUAGUGUAGAACCCUGCCCAAUGAACAAAUUUCUCUCUUCUUUUUUUUUUUUUUGUUCAGUUUUUUUUUUUUUUUUGGUUCUUAUCACAGUAAUAGUUCAUUCGCUGGAUAUGUUUUGGUUUUGUCCCAUUUCCGUUUGUUUCCAAGUAGUUUUUAUUUAUUAUUCUUCUUGCUUUUAUCAAAAAUCAUGCAGUUGCCAGGAAACCUAGAGCACUUUGUGUUUUUUAUUUGAAAGGUCUGUAACCCGGACUGACUGACUGACUGUGUUUGCAGAUCACAGCUUUUGUUGAAAACUGACUUGUGGAACGGGGGUAACGUUUUACAUGUUUAUCAGACAUCAUUAAGCAACUUUUAUGAGACUUUUUGCGUUAAUUUAAACUAAUUGAGUACAACAGUAGAACUGGAAAGUGUGUGUAUGUAUGUGUGUGUGUGUGGACAUGGGCGUACAUUACUGUUUCCAUUUGUGCCUCUUGGAGUUGCAGGUAAUUCACAUUCAGCCUAAUCGCCACAGCUUCUUUAUAGCUAUUAAUUGCUGAUCUCAGAACAGCCCAGGAGACUUGACUGUUCUCAGAUCAGUAAAACUGAACGAAUGAAAUGAGGCCUGAUUGUCGUCUCAGCAGCACAUUCAGGAGUUACUAUCUGCUACGUCUGCACUAAACUCAUUACCAGCAUAAAUACAGACAAACCAUCCAUUAGCGUACAGCUUUACCCAAUUUCGGCUCUUAACUGUGGCCUGGAUCUGAUAUUGAGUCCUCUAAAUCUAUCCUGAUCUUAAAUCAGCUGUUUAAUAGUGCCGCCAAAUUAUUGUAAGACUGCCAGUGAUGCCACAGUUGUAAGUAGUGGGGGUUCCACACUGUCCAUGCUGUCGUAGCAUGUACAGAAUUAGAAGUUAGUGCUCUCCUCCAAGCGUGUUGAGCCCCAGUGGUGUUUAUAAUUAGCAGCAGAUUAAAAAGGUGUGGAGAUUUGAGUGUGAUCCAUCUUGGAGGAAUACCGUGACAUUUAAGCUAGAACUGAAUUCUCCGUUAGACAUUGGAACAAAAUGAAAAGUAAUGACAAUUAAACAUUAAGCUAUAAACAUUACACAUUACAGUACUCUUCAAAAGCUUGUAGUUUUACAUUAGUAUAUACAUACUAAAUUAUACUUUCUAAAAUUUUAAUACCGUAAAAUGGACAUAAGGCCCUUUUCUACUUAAAUUUCAAUAUUUUGCCUAUUACAAAGUGAUGUUUCAUUAUAACAGGUAGUGUAUAAAUUGCCCUUCAAAACUAUAGGCUCUUGUUUUCAGUUAUUACAUUUGGCAAGAUUUAAAUGUUUUGAGGAAGAUGAAAUUAUAAUAUCAGAUAGUAUCAGUAAUAUAAGUUAUUGCUAGUAAUACUAGGAAAUAAUUCUGAAGGCAACUCAUUGUAUUAGAUGUCGAAAUUCAUUGAGUUUUAUUCUUCCAUGUCAUUGUAUCAACUAAAACCUGCCCUUUGUACUGAGGUAGACAAUUUGAUGAAUAUGAGUGCUAUAGAUAAUUCUACCCAAAUACAUAUUUGUUUUUAAUACGGUAAAUAUACAUUGAAAAUGAUUACAGUCCAGAAGGCAUUGAGGCAUCAGCACGGCUCCAUGGGGGUCGAUCUUUGCUCUCAUGUAGCUGUGUGUGUGUGUGUGUGUGUGUGUGUGAGUGUGAAAGAGAGAGAGAGAGAAAAAAAAAAGAGAGAGGUGUUGUCUGUGCUUGAUAGCACUGUAUGUUUCUAGUCUGUGUUUGUGACAAGGCUGCGUUUAGUAUUUAAUGUGUGUGUGUGUGUGUAUGUAUAAGUGUGUGUGAGAGGCUCUGAGCCUGGCCUUAGAAGUUUGUGUUUUAAAGGAGUAGUCUGUUGAGUGUUCACAUGAUCAGGUUUUCUUUUUACACUAAUCGCAAAAAGUGUCAGACGUUUGUUUUUGUUGUUACUCACAGAUGUAACCAGAGCAAACAAGCUAAAUAGAUUUUUGAUUAUUGAUAGACUUCCUCAGCUGUUCUAACAAAGUUAAAAUAUCUAGUAACCAAUCAAUACAUCCCAUUAGAUGAGCUAAUAGAUAUCCCCCAAUCAGAUAAGCUAAUGGAGCUAAAUAAUACAUCCCUUCGAAUGGGCUAACAUCUAAUUGAUAUCCCUCUUCAUAUAGUCACUGUCCAAUGAAAAACAAGUAUCUCCAUUCUUGUCGAUUUUUAGGUUACUACAUAGUUUAAACAGGCAGACUGUCCCUUACAGUGUGUCAACAUUUCUUGGUGAAUGGACCAAUAGAAAUAUUUACAAAUUACCUAAAUUUUACAUUGACUUCCAUUGAAAGAUUACAAGGUUUUUUUUUUUCUCUCUCCUGUAAAGUUGCUGUUAUGGUGAUGCUUGUUUUUCAUUGGACAGCGACGGAAUGAGCAAACAGAGCUAAUCUAUACACCACUUUAGAUUAGCUAAAUGAAACAUUCUUUCACAAGAGUUAACAAAGCUAACCAAUUUGUCUGUUCAAAUGAGCUAACAAACUAAACAAGCUAAUACAUACAUCCGUUCAGAUGAGCUAAACCUUUUUUAAAGUUUAUCUUCCGAUGAGUUAAUGAGCCAACAGAGCUCAUAGAUGCAUCAUUUCAGAUUAGCCAACAAUGCUAAUAGCAACACCUCUUCAGAUUUGCUAACGUAGCUGUAUUAUUAACCCUUUCACAUUUAAGAGCUAAUCAAUUUAUCCCUUCAGAUGAGCAAACAUUGCUUACAGAUAAACCCCUUCAGUUGAGUUAACAGAACUGACCAAUUUGUCCCUUCAGAUGAGCUAAUUUAGCUAUCCUUUACAACGUUUCAAAUGAGUUAACAGAGCUAACCAAUGUGUCCCUUCAGAUGAGCUAACAUUGCUAAUAGAUACACCCCUUCAGUUGAGUUAACAGAACUGACCAAUUUGUCCCUUCAGAUGAGCUAAUGUAGCUAUCUUAUAAACACUUUCAAAUGAGUUAACAGAGCUAAUAGAUACACCCCUUCAGAAGAGCUAAUAUAACUAAAAGAUGAGCUAACAGAGCUAAAAGAUGCUUCUCCUCAGAUGAGCUAACAAAUCUUACCAGUAUAUCCUUUCAGAUUAGCUCAAAAAAAGCUAAAAGAUACAUCCCUUUAGUUGACCUAACAGGGCUCAAACACUAUUUAGGGCAAGCUAACAAUUUUGAGCUAACAGGGUUAAUAGGGCUUAUAGAAAAACCCUUUCAGAUGAGCAAACAAUGCUAAUUAAUGGAUCCCUUCACUUCAGGUGAGCAGGUGGAGCUAAUAAACACGCUCCUUCAGAUGAGCUAACAAAGCUAAUAAAUAACCUACAGUCCUUUGGAUUAGCAAACAAAGCUCAAAGGUAUAGCUACCCUUAAGAAAAUGCUCAAAAAGCUAAUAGACACCGCCCUUUCAGAUAAGCUAACAGAGAUAACCAAUAUGCCUCACAAGCUCAGCUGAAGUAGCUAAAAUAAACACAUCCAGCUAAACAAUAUAUUUCCCUGCAUGAGCUAAUAAGCUAACAGUGCUACCCAAAGGCUGCAACGUCUAUUUCCAAACUAACAUCAGGUAGAGCAGUUAGCGGAAAAAAAAAAACACCAGAACUGCCAGCACUACCAGAACACUGCUCUUUUUGGGGGCUAGCUAACAUUUAUAUUUACACCUAAAUAUUAUUCUUAAAAUGUGGAUUUGUCAACAAACUACUCCUUUAAUAAUUGUAGUGUGUUUGGGAGAUUCAAGAGAGAAAGUUGGCCUUUUUUGGUCGACAGUUUCUCGUGUUUACUUAGCGUAGCAAGCCUGAAUCAGACAAAGUAUGCUAAAGUUUUUUUUUUCCAGCCGUUUUCUGAGCUUUAUCUAUAGCAGAAGCCUCUGAGCCCAUGUCCCAUCUCACCAGCUGUCUCUCACGCCCUGUUUACGAAUGCUGCUUCUCAAACUGGUUGCGAUUUACCAAUAAAUCUACUGGACAUUAAGAGUCCCGUGGACAUGGAGUCUGUGGAGGAUUCUUCCAGUGGUACAGAGCACUGGUCCAGGCUUGAAACUCUACUACUAGGUACCAAGUGACAUUUAAUCUGAAGAUUAUAGGACAAUAUUGGGUGAUUAGGUUUUAGGACCAAUCAAUAUCUCUGCUCUUGAAUGUCCAUUUAAACUUCUCCAGCAUAUGAUUCAGGUUUGGGUGUGUUGAGUUAAUAAAUAUAGAGCGUUUUUUCAAAUGAAAUGUUUUCUGCCUUGUGGAAAAGGACAGCACUUUUCGAGAGAGGAUCAUGAAAGCUACUCAAACAUGCAUAAUGAAACAUUUAUAAAGUCUUGUUGACAUUAUAUUUAUCUUUUUUUUCUUACGUACACCUGCAAGAGAAAGAAAAAGUCAAUUGUGCCACUUGUUAAUUUUGUAAAUAUUCUAGUGUGAAUACAAUGUUGUAUAUUAAAAAAAAACCUUUAAAAAUAAAAGAGAAAAUGUGA